UAGAGAAGGGCAAAACUCCCGCCUCUUUGCAAUCAGCGAGGGGAAAUCUUUUCAGUAUAUCGUCAAUGGCGUCUUCUUCGUCAUCAUCGGCGGCGGGGCCGGAGAUGAGAUGUAUCGGCCUACCAAGGUGGCGGAUAUUGUGGGAAACGAGGACGCCGUCGGCAGGCUCCAAGUCAUUGCCCGGGAUGGCAACAUGCCCAACCUCAUUUUAGCGGGUCCUCCUGGAACUGGUAAGACUACUAGUAUAUUGGCGUUAGCUCAUGAACUUCUAGGACCAAAUUAUAGGGAGGCUGUCUUAGAGCUAAAUGCAUCAGAUGACCGGGGGAUUGAUGUUGUCAGAAACAAAAUAAAGAUGUUUGCUCAGAAGAAAGUCACAUUGCCACCUGGAAGGCACAAAAUAAUAAUUCUGGAUGAAGCUGACAGUAUGACGUCUGGAGCGCAACAAGCCUUGAGGAGAACUAUGGAAAUAUAUUCGAAUUCCACACGUUUUGGGCUCGCUUGUAACACAUCUUCAAAGAUUAUUGAGCCUAUUCAAAGUAGAUGCGCGCUUGUCCGGUUUACUAGAUUAUCUGAUCAAGAGAUCCUUGGACGUCUCAUGGUGGUGGUUGCAGCAGAAAAGGUACCUUAUGUUCCGGAAGGUCUUGAAGCAAUUAUUUUCACCGCUGAUGGUGAUAUGCGGCAGGCAUUGAACAACUUGCAAGCGACAAACAGUGGGUUCGGUUUUGUCAAUCAAGAAAAUGUUUUCAAGGUUUGUGAUCAGCCCCAUCCCUUGCAUGUGAAGAACAUGGUACGGCAAAUACUUGAGGGGAAAUUUGAUGAUGCAUGUGCUGGGCUGAAGCAGCUUUAUGAUAUGGGCUAUUCUCCUACGGAUAUAAUCACUACCUUUUUCCGUAUUAUAAAGAACUAUGAUAUGCCUGAGUAUCUAAAGUUGGAAUUCAUGAAGGAAACUGGAUUCGCCCACAUGAGGAUUUGUGAUGGAGUCGGUUCUUAUCUCCAGAUGUGUGGUUUGCUGGCCAAACUUGCAAUGGUACGAGAAACAGCCAAAGCAGCUUAGUUAACUGGCAAAUGUAAUACAACAUUCUGAGCCCUUUCUGGCGUAAUAGCUUCUGUUGGAUAUGCCUAGUUUAUAGUCUGCCUGCUGAGAUGAUACGUUCCGAGUACUCGCUAUACUCUGGCGACUAUUCAUCAAUCUAUUCCAACAAAAUGAAUUGCGAAUGCGUAUGUGUAAUUUAAGUAAUUGAGAAGAUCUUGCAGUGCCCUUCUUACAA